CAGGCCACCCAUCCAUCCAGCCAUCCACACGUCACGGCUCCAGCGGGCGACGACGCACCUUUCCGCCUGCCUUGUCGGGCCGUGGCCGCGCUUCCACGCGUUGAUAGUCUCGGGAUGAGCGCCUUCAUCUGCUCGGAUGCUCGGCGCGCGCUGCUGAGGGUGGCGGCUCGUAGCGCAACCAGGAGCGCCUGCGCUCCGAGCUCGGUGCUGCCGCUACGAUGCCUCUUCAGCAGCAGCAGCAGCAACAGCAGCAGCAGCGCCUCUCAGACUCGAUCGAUUACAUCUCGAUGCCAAAAACAUUGGCAAGCCUCAGGAAUACUACACCGCCCUGCGAGCGACACAAGAUCACGGCGCUCGUUCUUCUCCUCGACCAAGAUCAUCCGCGACUACGAGGAGCUGCCGCGCGACUACCGCGACCAGACGGGCCUCGCUUUCCGCGCCAAGGACCUCACCGAUGAGGAGGCAAAGCGCAUCUUCGGGCUGAGGAUAACGGCCGCGGCGGCGAACCACCUGCUGCGGAUCCUGCACGGGCGGCGCGUCGCGGGAACGCUCGAGGACCCGGCGUUUGCGGUGCACACAGCUCAGUUCUCGCCGGAGCUGAUUGCAGCCGGGCUCGCGUACCUGCGUGAGACGGUGCCGGUUGGGGAGGUGAUGAACGCCGGGCUGCGCGCCGAGGACGAGCUGAAUCAGAUGGAGCUAGAGAGGGAGGAGGCCGAGAAGCGCAAGCGCAAGGGCGUCGAGGAGGCGGCCUCCGAGAAGACGGCUGACGAGGAUGAAGUCAAGAUCGACCCGGUAUACGGCCGAAGCAGCUUCGACGCGAUGCGAGCGCGCAUCAAGGCAAAGGACAAGGCGCGAGAACGGGCGCUCGAGGAGGAACGCAAGGCCAAGGAGGCCGAGGAACCGGCCGCCCCCGCGGGUCCGCUAGCGAAGCGGGAGGACGGAACACGGGCCAUCACCAACCCCAAGAUCGCUGAGUACUACGCCAAGGCUCAGUCGACGCUGGAGGCGCCGCCGGAGAUGCGGGCAUGGGAGCGGAUCGUGCCGUCGGCGACGGUGGUGGCGCUGGUGCUGGGGUUCAUGGCGGCGGUCGCCAUGGUGUACGAAGAGCCGAUGCAGCGCUACCGGCUGCUGCGGGAGGUAUCGACGGCGCAGGCGACGGUCGGGGCCAUGAUCGCGGUCAACGUGGCCGUGUUCCUGGCGUGGCGGGUACCGCCGCUGUGGAAGACGCUCAACAAGUGGGCGAUCCUGGUGGUGGCGACGCCGCGGCCGGUGACGCUCUUCACGGCCGUCUUCUCGCACACCAAGACGAGCCACCUGCUGGUCAACAUGGUGCCGCUGUGGUUCGUGGGGACGGCGCUCCACGAGGAGCUGGGGCGGGCCGACUUCUCGACGCUGUACGCGGGGUGCGGCGCGGUCGGGUUCCUGGGCAGCCUGACGACGUACACGCUGCGCGGGUGGCUGACGGUGACGUCGCUGGGGGCGUCGGGGGCGACGCUGGGGCUCUGCGCGGCCUACUUUUGGGAGCACCGGCGCGACGGCUUCAAGAUACUGGGCCUGCCGGCUAACGAGGGCGUGCACGGCAUCGUGUUCCUGGCGCUCAUCGCGGCGGUGCAGCUGGCGGGCUUGGGCCGCACGAUGCGCUACAAGGUGGACGUGGCGUCGCACCUGACGGGCAUGGCGGCGGGCGUGCUGGGCAUGGAGCUGCUGAACCGGACGGAGCGGAGGAGGGGACGGCGCGGCGGGGAGGGCGGCGCCGAGGUUAUUGAGCUGUGGACGCCGGAGGGGGUUCGCGGCGAGGGAGCCGAGGGGGAGCUGGCGGUGGGAGCAGGGGCGGCAGGGCGGCGGAGGCCGGCCGCGGAUGCAUCGGGAUGAUGUUGGUGACGAUGGUGAUGAUGCCUCCCCGUGGAGGGAUGCGGUAGCUGGAAGAGUGUACGAGCAUCGUGUAUAUUUUGGAGCGGUAGAGCUAUAGACGUGAUGAUGGGCAGACAGGGCUUAUGGCCAGCACACAGGAUCAUCUCCAGCAUACACACAUACAGCGGUCGAGGAACACGCAUCACGAGCUAUGUGUCGGACGGCGGGUACUUGAGGAACCCGGGUGUUGAGGCAGAGUCAGAGUUGCCAGCCUCAUGUCUGCAGGCUUCUGUCCCUUUCAAAGACAUGGCUCAAGUGCGAGCCAUAGGCCCGAAAAUUUGCCAGCGACUCUAGCGAUUGGAAUCGCAGCACCGGGUACUAUCCGUGCGGUGUCGGGGCUUCAAUUUUGUGUUGUCGUGUUUUUGUUGUUGACUUGUGUGUGGUGGUGUUUACUCGGAUCGGAAACGCUCAAGUGUGCAGGUUUCUUCUGGUCUGUGCCAGGCAUGAAAGCUGGGCAUGGCCCCCGAAUCAGGAAUGCCGCCAAUUUCCAGCGGCAUGGUUCUGGAAGAAGACAGCUAGACAGGGCACGCACCUUAGUACUACCUACCUUAACUAACACCUGACAGGGGGGGGGGGUUUUCCGCCGCCG